GAGGCCCCCGACCAAUCGCGUUGCAGCUUUGCUUGUUUUUGGAGGCAAAACUAAGCGAACGUUAAAAAUCAGCCGGCUGGUACUGGAAAUACGUCUGCCCUUGAAAAAAGGGCUCAUUUUUCAGGGAAGCUGAAUGAAGGAUUCCUGAAAAAUGGAUAAACCGAAGUCGAGCAACGAGUCCGUUGCUACAAGGGUGGCGUGCUUGAACCUUCGAUUGCAAUCACCUUUUGACAAGGGUGGCAAUGAAGUCAACUCCAAAAUGAAUACGGACGCCUUGCAAGACGCUCUCGUGGCCCUCUACGAUGAAUGCAAAAAGGAAUCCUUGAGAAAGGAACCUGCGAUUUCUGAGUUCGUCGAAAAGUUUGGAACAACUGUCGAAGAUAUUAAAUUAUCUCGCGUCAAUACCAGUGACUUUUCCAUUGUUUCAAUAAUUGGCAAGGGAAAUUUUGGAAAAAUCGAGCUCGUCCGAGAAAAGGAGACUGCUUGUCUCUAUGCUAUGAAGAAAAUGCCAAAACUGUGUCCCAAUGGGCAUAAAGAGGCUAGUUCAUAUGAGGAGGAGAGAGACAUCUUGGCAUUGGCUUCUCGGCCUUGCGCUGCAUCGGAGUGGCUGCCGUAUCUAAAAUAUUCCUUCCAGGACACAUCGUAUUUGUACCUAGUGAUGGAAUACUUGCCUGGAGGCGACCUGAGUGGAGUCCUUGACAAUUUCCAAGGAUUUCUCUCUGAAGAGAUGGCAAAGUUUUACAUCGCAGAAACACUGCUAGCCAUAAUCAGUUUGCAUGAAUUAGGCUAUGCCCACAGGGAUAUCAAACCCGACAACAUUUUGCUUGAUCGCUGUGGUCAUGUCAAAAUUGCCGACUUCGGAUCAGCUGCAAAGCUGAACAAGCAUGGAAAGGUUGACAGUCGAAUGCCUGUUGGCACUCCAGAGUACAUUGCUCCGGAGGUGCUUCAAGCUGCUGCUGGUGAAGGUGGAAAAUAUGGUGUUGAGUGUGACUUCUGGUCUCUUGGCGUAAUUGCUUACGAGAUGAUUUUCGGCGUCACUCCGUUCAGUAAUGAAAAUCGAACACAACUGUACUGUAACAUUCUUGCCCAUGAGAUGGGCUCUGAAAAUUUAACAUUCCCAAGUGGUUUUGGUGAAAGUAAGGAGAUCCGUCAACUGAUUGCUGGUCUGCUUUCUCCAGCACCUUCAAGACUAAAUGCCAUGCAGAUCAAGAAGCAUUCCUUUUUCAUUGGAACACCAUGGAACUCCAUGAGAGAAACCGUUCCACCUUACAUACCUAUGAUUGAAAGUGAGACAGAUGUGUCAAACUUCAACUUGCCAGUGGAUGAUUCGCCUAGCCCUCUUACAGAGGACUUCAUGACCAAGAAGAUUUUCUCUGGGCGCCAACUACCGUUUGUUGGAUUUUCCCUGAAUCCAAACCAGUUGGCAAUCCAGUCAUCCUUGCCCACAUCCAUGCCUACCGAAUAUCUUAGUCCAAGACGCUCUAAGUCCGAACAUCCUGACAUUGCACGAGCUAGGGAAUUAAAAACCAUGAAAGAUUUGCUGAAGACGAAGGAAAAAAUCAUUGAGGAGGCCAUGACUAGUCGUCGAGAGGCAGAAACUAAGCUAGAGCAAGUGACAAGAAAAGCAAAUGAGUACCACAAAACAAUUCUGAAGGAGAGGAAUGAAAGGCAUGAAGUUGAGAGCAAAGCCCUUGAAAUGGUGAAGAGCAUGAAGGCUAAGUGGCAAACCAUGUCCCAGCAACAGGUUUUGAACUUAAAUAAACAACUAGAAGAAGCACAGAAAAAUCUCAGUGGAAGUGAUGCCAAGCUGACAGAUCUGGAGAAAAAACUCAAAAAUCAAGAAGAUCAACUGCAGGCUGAACGAGAUGCCAAUAGCAGACUUGAAACACUUUUGCAACAGCAAAAGAGCAGCAUAACAAGGGCAAGGAGGGAAACUAUGACGUUUAUGGAGGGUGCAGAGAAAAUAUCAGAAUUGAAAAAUGAGUCGGCCCGACUGCAAAACUCUCUCUCUGAUCUUCAGAACAAAUCAGUUUCUUUAGAAAAUACUGUAUCAACUUUGAACGACGAAAAGAGUGUACUUGAGAGACGCCUUGUUAAACUGGAGAAUGAAAAAAGCAACCUUGCAGUUCAGUUGGAACAGACUAAGCAAACUUUGAAGGAGGCUGAUAAGAAACUUCAGUCGGAAUGUAGAAAAUACGAAAGUCAAAUUAAGAAAAUGCAAGCUGAAUUAGACUCCUCUGUAUUGGAAUUGGAAGAUAGCAAGAAGAAUACACAGAGAGAGAAUACUUUAGAAAACAAAGUAGCCGAGCUAGAGAAAGAUCUGAGCAAAGUCCGUCGAGAGAAAAGAGAGCUCCAAUCUCAACUAUCAGCAGCUAAAGACAAAGAUGACGAACAACAGCAAAAACUGGAAUCGCUGGAAGAAUGUUUGGUUAAAAUGGAAGAUAGGAUUGAAAAACUGGAAGAGGAGAAUGAGAACUUGCAGUCCAAUGACCUGAACCAAUCGAAACGAUUGUCGAUUGCUGCUACUUUCAGCUUAUCACCACCUGAAAGCGUUGAAACCCCAGCUGCCUCCCUGAGAGAGCUUGACUGUUUGAAAGCCCAGCUGGAACACGUGGAGACUCAGUUAGAAAAAUCUCGAGAAGGUGCUGUUCUUGAUAGGCAAGCUUGUCGAACAGCGCAAACUGAUCUCUAUAAGAAAGAGAGGGAGCUCUCUGAUGUAAAGUUAGAUCUUCGCAUUACACAACGAGAGUUGAAAACCUCAGAAGCUUUAACCAAAUCCUUGGAACAAGAUAAAACACAGCUUGAGCAAAAGUUAGCUGAGACUGAAGAAAAGUUGAAGACUGCAUCAGAGGAAUUGUACAGUCUAAAGAAAAAGCUGGAUGUAAAUGAAUUGACCAUGUCAAAGUCAGCUUCUGAUAUUGUGAAUUUGAGGAAGAAGGAGAACGACCUUCAUUCAAAUCUUAUAGAAAAGGUACAAGAGCUCUCGUCUUUGAAGCAUCAGUUGGGAGAGAAGACCAAUCUUGUAACAAAACUGCAAAACUCUUUAGACAUCUUGAAAAAGGAGGCUGAAACUAGCAAGGGCAAUGCGCUAAGCGCUACAUCUCAAGUCGCUCAACUAAGAGCCCAGAUGGAGUCUUUGAAGGAGAAUAAUGCUGCGCUACGAGAAGUUUGCACUGAACAAGAGCAACAGCUUGAUGAUUCAGAAGUACUUAGAGCUGCUUACGAAGUUCAAAUUGAGCAAGGGAAACAAGAAGUUUUUAGGCUCAAAGAAGAACUGAAACAAAUUCGAGCUGAUCUCAAUGCUAAGAUUAUAGAGGCUGACGAGCUUAGUGCCGCUAAGAAGGUGCUCGAAGAAACACUGGCCGAAGUGAAGGAGGAAGCUGCAAUGCGCGAAACUGACGCUGUGGAAGAUAUCAAAGAAUUAAAAAGCCAGAUCACAGAAGCGCGACAUCAGAAUGAGCAGCUCAUACUGCAAAUCAACGAGUUUGAAGAGACACUUUGCGAGAGUGAUCGCCACACAAGGGAGCAGCGCCAAGUGGUUGAGUCUCUAAAGGAGAAGAAUGCUGACUUGCAGGAGGAAAUUUCAGAAACUCUGACUGACUUGCAAACAGCCCGAGACAAUGCUGACAGAAUUGCUGCUUCCCUGUCUAAAUCCAGCCAGUCUUUGAAAGAGAGCAGUGAAAAAAUCUCUGACCUGGAGGAGCAAAUGAAGAAUUUGAAAAUUCGCUAUGAUGAGAAAAUUUUAAAAAUGGAUGCUCAGUUGGCCCAGCAAAACAAACUGAUAGUAUUUUUGCAAUCAAAGAGUGAGGCUGGAAAGAAGAAGAGGACCUUGGCCGACAAAAUUUUUGGAAUACACCCUAAAGAGAAUGUGGCGCCUUCGCCAUUCCCAAACAAGAAUCUCGCCACACCAAUGAGUGCCAAGGACAAGUCAAAGACCUGGGACGGUCGCCCAACUCCGACUCCUACAAAGACGGCCAAAAGGGAACCCGUUGUGGCUCCACCAAAAGCAAUCACUGAGCCCCCUAAAAAAGUGGAAUUUGAGGAAAAUAAACCUUUGUUUCCGUCCAGAAACUGCCCUAUCAUAAUGGAACAGCGCACUCUGCCUGAUUACUGCCGAAUCACCACGAAUUGUGCCGUUUCACUCACUGAGCAGGUCACCCUACUUGGCACCGUAGAAGGGCUUUACAGCUUGCAUUCCAAAUCUGCUGGCUCUCAGUUGGUGCACAUUGCUGGUGUCACUCAAGUGAAGCACAUUUCCAUUGUUCCCCAUCUGGGCAUCGCUCUUUUCAUCACUGGCUCUCCGUCUGCGCUGUACCAGUGCGAGUUGCGAGCCCUGACUGUUGCCGCUGAGGCAGCUCAAUGCUCCAAGCCUUCGAUCUCAUUGAAGCCCGUCGACCAUGUGCCCGAUCAGUGCCACCUUUGUGUUGUCUCACCCCCACUAGCCAUUACGAAUGAGAAAGAAAUGACCUUCCUGUGUGUUGCCAACAUUUCUCACACCAGUUUCUUGAAGUGGAACUUUGGAUCUUCACAGUUUGAGCCAAUUCGCCUCCUUGCAACUGCGUUUCCUGCAACCAGUGCCUUAUUCACUCCACAGUCCCUUCUCUUAGUCUGUGAUGACAUUUUUGAAGUUGAUCUGAAGGACUUUUCUGUUGAAGAAUUUUUGGACAUAUCAGACACAUCGCUCUCCUCUGUCAGAGUUACUCUGAAGAACACAAAGGGACCGGUCAAACUCGUUGAUGUCACCAAGAGCAGUGCAAAGGCUGAGCCCGAGUUCAUGCUGUGCAUGCCUGAAGUGGCAGUUUUCCUGGACGCAUUUGGACACAGAUCUCGGCCUGGCGAUUUCAAAUGGGCUCACAAACCACUCGCAUUUGUCUACAAAGCACCAAGUCUUUUCGUGCAAUUCCAAUCAGCCAUUUAUGAGGUGAAGCCAAAUGCUGACAAGAUCUGCAUGAACGUGGAAGACACUGCCAGCAUUGUGUCCACAGAUGAUGGUACACUUUCACUCAACUCCCCAAAGCUUUUGGGUUUUGGAUUGAGUCCAGGCACUGCCCUUGCAACAUCUCAACAGGCAAGCGGUGCGACGACAGUUAUGAAAAUCAGCUGCCAAGGUGCGGACGACUUAUCUCUUGUGUCUGAUAACGAUCUGCAAACAGACGAGUUCAGUUUCACUUCAUCACUGGAAGAGUCGUUGGAUGGGGAUGAAGUUGUUGAACGUCCAAGAAGGGUUCAGUUUUAGUGGUGAUGCAUUUCCUGUUCUAAAUUAUACAAAAACAGCUUUCCUUGUUUACAUAGACUCAAUCUAGAAAUUCUUGCCAACUUUUGUUUAAUUUGUUAGUUUUUUUGGAUUAGAUUAUAAUGAAAAUAUUGCACGAAUCGAUGUACAUAAAUAUUUUAUUUUUUUAUCAUACACAUUCAAUAAAAUUUUAACUUUUCAAAAAAAUUAUAUU